AUGUUCCUAAAGGUGCAAGUGCUGUUCGUCUGGGUCGUCCUUCAAGCCUACGCCCUAGACCAUCACCAGCCGAACCUGGCUGGAUACACGGGUGUAGGCUUUGCAGGCUAUGCUACUCCGUCGGCGCCCUACGGAAGAUACGACGCCUAUGCCUCUCCACCUCAGCCAUAUAGCUUCGGUUACGACAAUGUGGACGAGUUCGGCAACCGGCAGUUCCGCAGCGAGCAAGGCGAUUCCAGCAACGCCAAGACCGGCUCCUAUGGUUAUCGAGACGCCAAUGGUCUCUACCGCCGGGUGAACUACGUGGCCGACGUGAACGGCUUCCGUGUCACCGUGGACACCAACGAGCCGGGCACCGCCCCUGGUGCCAGCGCCGACGCGGUCUUCAACGCUGCGCCAGUCGUCCCUCCGGUUCCUUCAGGAGCUGCACAGACUGGUAUACCUACAGCCUUUGCUGCUAGGGCGGCAUCGCCUUACAAUACUGGUGGCUACAGUGGAUAUGGCAGACACGGAUACGACCCCUACGCAGGCGCUGCUGGAGCCCAUGGUUACGCCCCUUACGGACGUCAGGGAUACGUUGCCAGCGGUCCAGCACUUGGAGGAUACGCUUACGGCGGCGGUGUUCCCUAUGGCUACGGGGCUGCCGGAUAUGCAGCGGGUUACGCUCCGGGGGUGCAAGUGCUGUUAGUCUGCCUCAUCGUUGAAGGCUACGGACUGCACCACCACCCGUCGAAUCAGGCUGUAUAUCCGGUGUCCAGCUUCAGCGACUACAAUACUGCCGCUGCUCCCUACCAAGGAUACAACGCCUACACCUAUCCACCUCACCCGCACAACUUUGGCUACGACAAACUGGACGAGUACGGCAAUCGACAGUUCUGCAGCGCGCAGAGCGGCUCCAAAAACACCAAGACCGGUUUGUACGGCUACCGCGACGAGAAUGGCCUCUACGGGCGUGUGAACUACAUCGCCGAUGAGUACGGCUUCCGGGCCACCAUGCACACCAACGAACCAGCUGCCACUCUUGAAGAGAGCGCCGACACGGUUUUCAACGUUGCACCAGUGGUCCAUCCGGUUCUUUCAGCAGCUGACCAGAUUGGUGCACCUACAGCUUAUACCGCUAUGGUGGCGGCACCUUACAACGCUGGUGGCUACAGUGCUUACGGCAAAUAUGGAUACAACUCCAACGCAGGCGCUGCUGGAGCCUACGCGUACGCUCCGUUCGGACGUGAGGGAAACACUGCUAGCAGUCCAGCCCUCGGUGGAUACGCUUACGGCGGCCAACCUCCCUACAGCUACAGUGCCGCCGCCUACGGUGCGAGCAACCGCCCUGGUGUCCACGGCACACCUGCCGUUUACGGGAGCUGGUCUUCCAAUCAUCGUGGCUACCGGCGUCGAUAAUGCAUGUCUCUUAGGCCACGUGAGACAAGACAAAUGGCAGAUGUUGCCGUUGGAACUUUUGCACCGUGCUUGAUGUAGCAGAUUGUAACAGGGUAUAUAAAAAAUAAAGAUCUAGUUAAACAA